AUGUUCUCCAGAGCAGCUCUCCGAGUCCCCAGGGCUGCGUCUCUGCGCGCCAGGGCCCCUGCCUCCUUUGCCCUCGCCAGCCGGGCCGUCACCACCGAUGCCGCUUCAGCUUCCCUCUCGCAGUCGGUGCCCAAGUCCGACGAUGAGCCCUUCCGGGUCACUCUCAGCGACGAGAGCUUCGAGACCUACGAGCUGGACCCUCCCCCUUACACCAUUGAUGUCACCAAGAAGGAGCUGAAGCAGAUGUACUACGACAUGGUUUCCAUCAGACAGAUGGAGAUGGCUGCCGACCGUUUGUACAAGGAGAAGAAGAUUCGCGGUUUCUGCCACCUGUCUACUGGUCAGGAGGCUGUUGCUGUUGGUAUUGAGCACGCUGUCACCAAGGAGGACGACAUCAUCACCUCCUACCGAUGCCACGGUUUCGCCCUGAUGCGUGGCGGUACUGUCCGAUCUAUCAUUGGCGAGCUGCUUGGUCGCCGUGAGGGUAUUGCCUACGGAAAGGGUGGUUCCAUGCACAUGUUCGCCAAGAACUUCUACGGUGGUAACGGUAUUGUCGGCGCUCAGGUUCCCGUCGGUGCCGGUCUGGCCUUUGCCCACCAGUACGAGGGCCGAAAGAACGCCAGCAUCAUCCUGUAUGGUGAUGGUGCCAGCAACCAGGGCCAGGUUUUUGAGGCGUUCAACAUGGCCAAGCUGUGGAACCUCCCUGCUCUGUUCGGCUGUGAGAACAACAAGUAUGGUAUGGGUACCUCUGCUGCCCGUUCCUCUGCUUUGACCGACUACUACAAGCGUGGACAGUACAUCCCUGGUCUCAAGGUCAACGGCAUGGACGUCCUCGCCGUCAAGGCUGCCGUCAAGUACGGCAAGGACUGGACCGUUGCUGACAAGGGCCCCAUGGUUCUCGAAUACGUCACCUACCGAUAUGGUGGUCACUCCAUGUCUGACCCCGGUACCACCUACCGUACCCGUGAGGAGAUUCAGCGCAUGCGCUCCACCAACGACCCCAUUGCCGGACUCAAGCAGAAGAUCCUCGACUGGGAGGUCAGCACUGAGGAGGAGCUGAAGGGCCUUGAUAAGGCUGCCCGAACCCACGUUGCUGAGGAGGUUGCCGCCGCUGAGGCCAUGCCCGUCCCCGAGACCAAGGCCGAUAUCCUGUUCGAGGACAUCUACGUCCGCGGCACCGAGCCCCAGUACAUCCGAGGACGUACCACCGACGAGAACUACUACUUCUCCCAGUAA